GCGUUUCCCGGAGCAACCGACCAGUCCAGCUCUCGAGUUUGGUGGCGGGAAAGGCCAUGAGUAAAAGCCGGGCCGAGGCUGCGGCUGGAGGUAACGGCAAAGCCCGCAAGACCCGGGAGGGGAAUAGGAGAGGGGGUCGGAGGUGACCCCCAUAUCCUACCUCGUCUCCCGCAGCCCCCGGGAUCAUCCUGAGGUACCUGCAAGAACAAAACCGGCCCUACAGCGCCCAGGACGUGUUCGGAAACCUACAGAAGGAACAUGGACUGGGCAAGGCGGCGGUAGUGAAGGCGCUGGAUCAGCUGGCCCAGGAAGGCAAGAUCAAAGAGAAGACCUACGGCAAGCAGAAAAUUUAUUUUGCCGAUCAGCUAUAUUUCUCUUGGCUGGCAGAACCAGUUUGACACAGUGAGUGAUGCGGACCUCCACGGCCUGGAUGCCAGUAUCGUGGCCCUCACUGCCAAGGUGCAGAGCUUACAGCAGAGCUGCCGACACAUGGAGGCCGAGCUGAAGGAAUUAACAAGUGCGCUGACCACUCCUGAGAUGCAGAAAGAGAUUCAGGAGUUAAAGAAGGAGUGUGCUCAAUACACAGAGAGACUGAAGAACAUCAAAGCAGCUACCAACCAUGUCACUCCAGAAGAGAAGGAGAAGGUGUACAGAGACAGACAGAAGUACUGUAAAGAGUGGAGGAAGCGGAAGAGGAUGACCACAGAGCUGUGUGAUGCGAUCCUUGAAGGCUACCCCAAGAGCAAGAAGCAGUUCUUUGAGGAAGUUGGAAUAGAGACAGAUGAAGAUCAUAAUGUUUUGCUCCCCGACCCCUGAGGGGCCCUUGGUGGAGGUGGGAACAGAGCGUCCUGCGCUGGCCACCUUACUUAGUGGCCUUUUUAUUCUUGCUGUUCUCCACCUUUGAGCAGUGGACGGAGCACAAAGCCAUAGUGUUAGAUAGAGGCUGGUGAUCAGAAAGGACGGUCAUGUCCGUUUUGUACAGGCCUCAACAAGGACUUAAAACAAUCCUAAAAGAAAGUAUUUGUAAUAUUUAUUGUAAUAUAAUUUGAUAUAAAAAUACUUAAUUUCCUCUGGAUGAUCAAACCUCCCAGAUAUCAAACCUGGGGAAGGCAGUAGGAAACAUGGGAUAAGAGUACAGAAAGGGUGCCAUACACCAACAUUUGAGACUCCCAAGGGAUCGCCCUGGCCUACCCCCAGAAGACUUGAGGAUCUCCUGUCCCACCUAACUCUAUCCCCAGGCCCCAGGAGAAAUGGAGACAACACACUGGUGGGGCAGAUACACACAUUAUGCAGAAGAGGCUGGGGCUGCUUUGGAGGUCUGCUAAGAAGUUUGGGAAACUGCAUAUAACAAAAAUGCACUGUGGGUAUUUAGAAGAUAAAUUCAAAUAUGUAAUGCUGCCUUUGCCUUUGGGAAGACAGGGCAAGAGCUGAUGGGACGCUGUUUCCUGUAGCACCUACAGCAGCUGAAGUGGGCAGCAGAACAUGAGGGUAGCAGGGUCAGGCAGCCCUACCCUGAGCUGGCUAGAAUACCCUGGCCUUACUUAGUAUUGACCACACAGCCCUAGCCUAGGCACAAGGUGGCCUUUUACCCUUCAUGGCCAUAGGGCUAUUUCUUUUCCUUUUUUCUAACUUAAGAACUGCCAAAAUACCCAAACUUGAGCCAAGUGUUGCCCAAGAGACCAAGCAGAGGCAAACGAUUUCCAAAUUAUGUAUAUAGAUUGUGAGCAGGAACCCAGUGGGUAGAGAAAAGGCUGAGGGGCUCAGGGUUCUGUGAGGCUCCCUGAACAGACUCUUGUCCUAGAGGCUUUUCCUAGAAAGGGGAAGGUUGGGUAGGUUCAACAUUGUGGACAAUAUAAUAAAUUAUUCAGAAGCUUUCACAAAACACUCAACCCCACCGAAGCUGAAGUGGGGUUGGGAAAACCAAACACCAAGUAGAAACCAGCUGACCGGUGUGAGGUGUUGCAGGCCAGUCUCAUAGGCCCAGCAGUUAGUUCCAUGGCCACACUCUCAAAGGCCUCUUGUUGGCUGCUCUGCAGGCUUCCAUGGGCAAUCAGUAGAGUUGGUUUUUCAACUGAUGAAGGACACCGAUCACAAUCUCUCGUAGAGUCUAGGAAAGACAAUGUUCAGGUGACACACAGGCCUUUAAGACGCCUGCCUAGAGUGGCCAUGCUCUUGAAGGCGUUUAAAAUAGUCACCCCUAGCCGGGCGGUGGUGGCACACACCUUUAAUCCCAGCACUUGGGAGGCAGAGGCAGGCAAAUUUCUGAGUUUGAGGCCAGCCUGGUCUACAGAGUGAGUUCCAGGACAGCCAAGGCUAUACAGGAUAAACCCUAUCUCGGAAAACCAAAAAGAAAGAAAAAAAGCUAUAAAAUAGUCACCCAAGGGUUGGCAGCUUGGUGGAGUACUUCCUAGCACUCAAAGAAAAAAGGCCUGGAGAGAUGGCCUGGCAGUAAAGCCUCUGGUCACUCAGUCUCUGUGGAGUCCACAUAAAGAUGAAAGGAAAGAACUCACUAAAACGUUGCCUCUGACCUCACACACUAAACAAACUUUUUCUUUGGUGCGGGGAGGGUGUUAGAGAUGUCUCCGUGGUGAAGAGUACUUGCUGCUCUUAAAGAGGACCCAGGUCCUGUUCCCAGUACCCUCAUCUGGUGGCUCACAACCACCUGCAAAUCCACUUUCAGGGGUCCAAGGCCCUCUUCUGGCCUCUGGCAUCAGGCAGACACAUGUAGCACAUGGAUAAAUGCAGACAAAAUAAAUACCCAUGUACAUAAAAUAAUUUUUGUAAAGGAAAAAAGGUCCCUGAAA